AUGUCCAACUUGUCUGAUACCUCGCGACUAAAGGCCACGGUGUUUGUCGGCGGGCUUGACCAAGCGGUUACGCAGCAGACGCUCUUCCACGCCUUCCUGCCAUUUGGCGACAUCGUCGAGGUCAACCUUCCCAAACCAGAAAACCAAAGCCAAGGCGAGCAGCAUCGGGGAUUUGGAUAUGUCGAGUUCGAAACUGCAGCCGACGCAACUGACGCCAUUGAUAACAUGGACCGGAGCGAGCUCUACGGCUCUGUGAUCAAGGUCGCGCCGGCCAAGCCCCAGAAGGAUGCAAACGAAGGACUAGGCAGCAAGACGGCUGUAUGGGAGCAGGAGGGCUGGUUGGCGAAGCAUGCUGUGAGCGAAGAGGAUCGCAAGGCCAAGGAGCAAGUGCAAGACGAGGCAAAUGGGCCCGUGGACCCGAUGCAGGGUUUAGAGGGCCUGGACGAGGCCGGGCCAAAGCCAGCAUGA